AGAAGCUAGACGUUGCUAACAGACGUUGACACAGAUUUUAUACCGAAUGUAAUGUGUUUAAGAGACUUUUAAAACACAUACAAAGACUUAGUUUAUCCUUGGAGGGUGAUUUAUCCGUUAAACCGUGUUUUUGUUGCCUCCCGUUCUUUGUUCGUAGCUUUUUAUACCACGUUGCUGAUCGGUAAACACAAGUAAAGGCAUUCAACGGAGAUUAGUGUGUUUAACGGCAGUGUUUUAUCAAGGAGAAGAAAGGCUGAAGAACCAGGACGAAGAGGAGAGAGAGAGAGAGACACAGCCGGAGAAGGAGCACUGAGAGCAGCAUGGAGGAGAACAAAAAGACCCCUGGAGCUCAGAAACCGAAAGGAAGAGAGAGACGUCACAGCUGUCAGCAAUGUGAUGAAUCCUUUACAAAAGUUGGAAAUUUAAAACGCCACCUGCUUAUUCAUACUGGAGAAAAACCGUACAGCUGUGAAGAGUGUUGCAAAACGUUCGCGAGAUCAGUUUCUCUCAUAAACCAUCAACGUAUUCACACAGGAGAGAAACCAUACAGCUGUGACGAGUGUGGGCAAACGUUCACUACAUUAAGUCUUCUCAAAAUCCAUCAGCGUGGUCACACUGGAGAAAAACCAUACAGCUGUGAAGUGUGUGGGCAAACAUUCUCAACAUUUUAUUAUCUUAAAUCACAUCAACGUAUUCACACAGGAGAGAAACCGUACAGCUGUGAAGAGUGUGGGAAAAUGUUCACUCAAUUAGGUUCUCUCAAAAUACAUCAACGUAUUCACACAGGAGAGAAACCGUACAGCUGUGAAGUGUGUGGGAAAAGGUUCAAUCAAUCAGGUGCUCUCAAAAGACAUCAAAGUAUUCACACUGGAGAAAACCCGUACAGCUGUGAAGAGUGUGGGAAAACGUUCACUGAAUCAAGUCUUCUCAAAAUCCAUCAACGUAUUCACACAGGAGAGAAACCGUACAGCUGUGAAGAGUGUGGGAAAACGUUCAAUCAAUCAGGUGCUCUCAAAAUACAUCAACGUAUUCACACAGGAGAAAAACCGUACAGCUGUGAAGAGUGUGGGAAAACGUUCAAUCAAUCAGGUGCUCUCAAAACACAUCAAUGUAUUCACACUGGAGCGAAACCGUACAGCUGUGAAGAGUGUGGGAAAACGUUCAAUCAAUCAGGUGCUCUCAAAACACAUCAAUGUAUUCACACUGGAGCGAAACCGUACAGCUGUGAAGAGUGUGGGCUAAGGUUCACAACAUUAGGUGCUCUCAAAACACAUCUACGUGUUCACACUGGAGAGAUACCAUACUGGUGUGAAGAGUGUGGGAAAACAUUCACUAAAUCAAGUAAUCUCCAAAGACAUCACCGCAUUCACACAGGAGAGAAACCGUACAGCUGUGAAGAGUGUGGAAAAACGUUCAAUCAAUCAGUUUCUCUCAUAAACCAUCAACGUAUUCACACAGGAGAGAAACCAUACAGCUGUGAUGAGUGUGGGCAAACGUUCACUACAUCAAGUCUUCUCAAAAUCCAUCAGCGUUAUCACACUGGAGAAAAACCAUACAGCUGUGAAGUGUGUGGGCAAACAUUCUCAACAUUUUAUUAUUUUAAAUCACAUCAACGUAUUCACACAGGAGAGAAACCGUACAGCUGUGAAGAGUGUGGGAAAACGUUCACUCAAUUAGGUUCUCUCAAAAUACAUCAACAUAUUCACACAGGAGAGAAACCGUACAGCUGUGAAGUGUGUGGGAAAACGUUCAAUCAAUCAGGUGCUCUCAAAACACAUCAAAGUAUUCACACUGGAGAAAACCCGUACAGCUGUAAAGAGUGUGGGAAAACGUUCACUCAAUCAAGUCUUCUCACAAUCCAUCAACGUAUUCACACAGGAGAGAAACCGUACAGCUGUGAAGAGUGUGGGAAAACAUUCAAUCAAUCAAGUAAUCUCCAAAGACACCACCGCAUUCACACAGGAGAGAAACCAUACAGCUGUGAAGAGUGUGGGAAAACGUUCAAUCAAUCAGGUGCUCUCAAAACACAUCAAAGUAUUCACACUGGAGAAAACCCGUACAGCUGUGAAGAGUGUGGGCUAAGGUUCACAACAUUAGGUGCUCUCAAAACACAUCAACGUGUUCACACUGGAGAGAUACCGUACUGGUGUGAAGAGUGUGGGAAAACAUUCACUAAAUCAAGUAAUCUCCAAAGACAUCACCGCAUUCACACAGGAGAGAAACCGUACAGCUGUGAAGAGUGUGGGAAAACGUUCAAUCAAUCAGUUUCUCUCAUAAACCAUCAACGCAUUCACACAGGAGAGAAACCGUACAGCUGUGAAGAGUGUGGGCAAACGUUCACUACAUCAAGUCUUCUCAAAAUCCAUCAGCGUGGUCACACUGGAGAAAAAACAUACAGCUGUGAAGAGUGUGGGAAAACGUUCAUUCAAUCAAGUCUUCUCAUAAUCCAUCAACGUAUUCACACAGGAGAGAAACCGUACAGCUGUGAAGUGUGUGGGAAACCUUUCAAUCAAUCAGGUUCUCUCAAAAUACAUCAACGUAUUCACACAGGAGAAAAACCGUACUGGUGUGAAGAGUGUGGGAAAACAUUCACUAAAUCAAGUAAUCUCCAAAUCCAUCAACGUAUUCACACAGGAGAGAAACCGUACAGCUGUGAAGAGUGUGGGAAAACGUUCAAUCAAUCAGGUUCUCUCAAAAUACAUCAACGUAUUCACACAGGAGAAAAACCGUACAGCUGUGAAGAGUGUGGGAAAACGUUCACAACAUUAGUUUCUCUCAUAAACCAUCAACGCAUUCACACAGGAGAGAAACCGUACAGCUGUGAAGAGUGUGGGCAAACGUUCACUACAUCAAGUCUUCUCAAAAUCCAUCAGCGUGGUCACACUGGAGAAAAAACAUACAGCUGUGAAGAGUGUGGGAAAACGUUCAUUCAAUCAAGUCUUCUCAUAAUCCAUCAACGUAUUCACACAGGAGAAAAACCGUACAGCUGUGAAGUGUGUGGGAAACCUUUCAAUCAAUCAGGUUCUCUCAAAAUACAUCAACGUAUUCACACAGGAGAAAAACCGUACUGGUGUGAAGAGUGUGGUAAAACAUUCACUAAAUCAAGUAAUCUCCAAAUCCAUCAACGUAUUCACACAGGAGAGAAACCGUACAGCUGUGAAGAGUGUGGGAAAACGUUCACAACAUUAGGUGCUCUCAAAACACAUCAACGUGUUCACACUGGAGAGAUACCGUACUGCUGUCAGCAAUGUGAUACAUCCUUUACAAAAUUUGGAAAUUUAAAACGCCACCUGCUUAUUCAUACUGGAGAAAAACCGUACAGCUGUGAAGAGUGUUGCAAAACGUUCGUGAGAUCAGUUUCUCUCAUAAACCAUGAACGUAUUCACACAGGAGAAAAACCGUACAGCUGUGAAGAGUGUGGGCAAACGUUCACUACAUCAAGUAUUCUCAAAAUCCAUCAGCGUGGUCACACUGGAGAAAAAACAUACAGCUGUGAAGAGUGUGGGAAAAUGUUCAUUCAAUCAAGUCUUCUCAUAAUCCAUCAACGUAUUCACACAGGAGAGAAACCGUACAGCUGUGAAGAGUGUGGGAAAACAUUCAAUCAAUCAGGUUCUCUCAAAAUACAUCAACGUAUUCACACAGGAGAAAAACCGUACAGCUGUGAAGAGUGUGGGAAAACGUUCACAACAUUAUGUGCUCUCAAAACACAUCAACGUAUUCACACAGGAGAGAAACCGUACAGCUGUGAAGAGUGUGGGAAAACGUUCAAUCAAUCAGGUUCUCUCAAAAUACAUCAACGUAUUCACACAGGAGAAAAACCGUACAGCUGUGAAGAGUGUGGGAAAACGUUCACAACAUUAGGUGCUCUCAAAACACAUCAACGUGUUCACACUGGAGAGAUACCGUACUGCUGUGAAGAGUGUGGGCAAACGUUCACGACAUCAAGUCUUCUCAAAAUCCAUCAACGUAUUCACACAGGACAGAAACCGCACAGCUGUGAAGAGUGUGGGAAAACGUUCACUCAAUUAGGUUCUCUCAAAAUACAUCAACGUAUUCACACAGGAGAGAAACCGUACAGCUGUGAAGUGUGUGGGAAAACAUUCACUCAAUCAAGUCUUCUCAAAAUCCAUCAAUGUAUUCACACUGGUGAAAAACCGUACUGGUGUGAAGAGUGUGGGAAAACAUUCACUCAAUCAAGUAAUCUCCAAAUCCAUCAACGUAUUCACACAGGAGAGAAACCGUACAGCUGUGAAGAGUGUGGGAAAACGUUCAAUCAAUCAGGUUCUCUCAAAAUACAUCAACGUAUUCACACAGGAGAAAAACCGUACAGCUGUGAAGAGUGUGGGAAAACGUUCACAACAUUAGGUGCUCUCAAAACACAUCAACGUGUUCACACUGGAGAGAUACCAAACAGCUGUGAAGAGUGUGGAAAAACGUUCACUCAAUCAGGUGCUCUCAAAACACAUCAAUGUAUUCACACUGGAGCGAAACCGUACAGCUGUGAAGAGUGUGGGCUAACGUUCACAACAUUAGGUGCUCUCAAAACACAUCAACGUGUUCACACUGGAGAGAUACCGUACUGGUGUGAAGAGAUGCUGUUUUCUCCCUAAAC